UUUGUUUUCUGGGUUUUUAUUUGGCUUUCUUCUGCAAACAUUUUAAAACAAAAAAAAAAUUGGUUUCUGGGUUUUUUCUUCGUAGAGAAGCUUCCCAAAACCCAGUCCUUUUGUAUAGCUGAAUUAGUAAACAAGCUUUGAAAAAACUCAAUUUCACAAAAAUCUCUGAUUCUUGUUGUGAAAAAUUGUAUAAUUGUUGAAAAAAGAGUUAUAUAAUGGGGAAGCAAGGGCCUUGCUAUCACUGUGGAGUUACAAGUACACCUCUAUGGCGAAACGGGCCACCAGAGAAGCCGGUGUUGUGCAAUGCGUGUGGUUCGAGGUGGAGAACUAAGGGAACACUAGUAAACUACACACCUCUACAUUCGCGUCCUGAAGGUGAUGAGAUAGAGAUUGAGGAUCGUAAGCCUCAAAGAGUGAUGAUUAAGGGAAUGUCUUUGAACAAAAAGAUUCCCAAGAGGAAAUCAUAUCAAGAAAAUUUCACAGUUAAAAGAGCUAACUUGGAAUUCAGUACCGGUUUCAAGAGGAAGGCUCUGGAUGAAGAAGCUAGCAAUAGAUCGAGUUCAGGAUCAGUUGUGUCAAACUCUGAGAGCUGUGCACAAUCUAAUGCGUGGGAAACGACCUUUCCUUGUAAGAGGAGGACAGGUGUGGGCCGUCCAAAGGCGGCUUCUUCUGUUGAAAAGCUCACAAAGGAUCUCUAUACUAUUCUACAAGAGCAGCAAUCUUCUUGUCUCUCUGGUUCUACAGAGGAAGAUUUACUUUUUGAGAAUGAACCACCAAUGUUGUUAGGACAUGGGAGUGUUCUUAUGAGAGAUCCUCACUCAGGUACUCGAGAAGAGGAAUCUGAAGCUAGCUCACUCGUAGUUGAGAGCAGCAAGUCCUCAUCAGUUCAUUCUGCUAAAUUUGGUGGAAAAGCAAUAAAGCAGGAGCAACUGAAGAGGAGCAAACCGCAAGUCUUGGGAAGACAAAGUUUACUACUCUGUAGCAUAGAUUUAAAGGAUGUUUUCAACUUUGAUGAGUUCAUAGAAAAAUUCACAGAGGACGAACAGAAAAAACUGAUGAAAUUACUUCCUCAAGUUGACUCUUUUGAUCGUCCUGAUAGCCUCAGAAGCAUGUUUGAGAGUUCUCAAUUCAAAGAGAACUUAUCCUUGUUUCAGCAGCUUGUAGCAGAUGGUGUGUUUGAGACAUCUUCAUCUGGAUCAAAACAUGAUGACGUGAAGACACUUGCAAAACUUGCUUUAACCGAUCCUAACAAAUCCCAUCUGCUGGAAAGCUAUAAGAUGCUCAAGGAACAGAGAAAAGAGAUUGAAGACUCUGUCACUACACCACCAAGGGUCUCAAACCUGAGUCCAUCAAAUAAUAAUAGUCUUGUAACCAUUGAAAGACCUUGUGAAAGCUUAAACCAAAACUUCUCAGAGACAAGGGCUGUGAUGAGAAGCCCCAAAGAAGUGAUGAAGAUUAGAUCAAACCACACUGAAACUAAAGAGAUUAUAGAGAAUAGUGUAUCGUCCUUUAACCCUAUGAGCUGUGGUGGAUCUCUGGUGUUUAGGUAUGAAGAUAAUGAUAUUUCUGAUCAAGAUCUUCUUCUUGAUGUGCCAUCAAAUGGAUCAUUCCCUCAAGCAGAGCUACUUCACAUGAUAUGAAAGUAGAUAAAAAGUUUCUCAAACUCAUUGGUGUUUCUCAGAACAAAGACUUUCUAAGAUCUCUCUCUCUCUCGAUCUCUCUCUUGAAGAGAAAAACUCUUUUGCUCUUUUAAGCUUUUCUGAGAGAAUGUGGCCAAAUGAGGUUUUCCUGCACUAGAUAUUGCAACUUGCAGAUAUAUAAAAAAGGAAAGACUUUUAUGUAAGGGCUCUCUUUGAUACAAUGACACAUAUGUGUUCUUCUUCUUAUUCAACUCCAAGAACAAGAAAAAAGUCGUUUUCUUGCUCUCCUGCA